UUUUUGUAAGCAUAAUGUUUAAAACCAUAUUAUUGCAAUUAUUUACUCCGUGACGAUUCUACAUAUAUAAUUUCAUGUUUUUUAUAAACAUCUAAUAAAAUAAGGCAUUUAGUUACUGAACAAAUUCUAUUGUGACCAAAGUGGAGGAGCGAUUGGACGUGCGAUGGAUAAAACCUUUUCGUUUCACCCCACUUGAAAGAUACAUUUUAUGACGUACUGACAACCUUUGUGACGACGACACCGUGACGAAAUAGCUUGACUUAAGCCAAGUUUCCCGAAAAGAUUCUCGCUGUAUUCGCCAUGGAUGGAAUGCGUUCGUAACUGUUGUUAAAUGUCAAACUGAGUAAAACAAAUGCCGUCUAGUUUGUAAACCCUGCAAGGCAACAUGUCUGCAGCAGUCAUGCACGGCACGGAGGUCGUCGAGGAACGCAGUGAGGACAAAAUUGAAUUAUCUGAAAAGGGUAAACUGCUUUACGAAAUCAGUUGUCCAGAUGUACUUUCCAAACUGAUUUUUUUUUUCUCCUUCAGAGCUCAAGGAGUACGCGCAAGACAUCGGAAUUGAUCCAGAAAAAGAGCCAGAGCUUAUGUGGCUUGCGAAGAAAGCCAUGGUUACCCAACUACCGACAGGAUGGUUAGAACGUGAGGAUGAGCGUGGAAAAAUGUCCUACUACAACUGCCAAUUAGACACAUCCAUUCGGGAACAUCCCUGCAAAGCGCGCUACUGUCAGCUGGUGGUUCAAGAGCGCGAGCGUCUCCUCGAUUCAGCUGUUGAUGAGAUGCCUAUUGUGAAGAAUAAAAAAGUGAAGGAAAAACUGGAGAUCUCAAGGGACACCGAUCUUGAACCACCAGAAGAAAGUUUUAGCAUGGCUAGUUCUCUGGACCGCGGUUGCGAUUCACCACAGCAACAGUUAUCGGGAGAGUUUUUCAGCUCUGAUCUUUUAGAGCGAGUAAUUGAAGAAGAGGAGCUGGAAGUGAAGAAUAAGAACAUCACAGCAGCUAAAAGUUACCUUGAAUGUGCAGCAACCAAAGGUGGACUGCAAAUCCUUGAGGAGCACCCAGAUGAAGAAUUUGAGUUCUCCGAACAAGGCAUCAAGGAAUAUGCUCAGGAUAUGGGCAUCGAUCCAGAGAAAGAGCCUGGCCUGAUGUAUCUUGCCAAGGAGGCCAUGUUUGCCCGACUUCCUCCGGAUUGGAUUUCUUUGAAAGUCCUGGAAAGUGAGGAUAUUUUCUAUUACAACUACCAUUCAGCCACAUCUACAUGGGAACAUCCUUGCGAUGCGCACUACCGCAAAUUGGUGGCUCAGGAGCGUGAGCGCUUACAGCAGGCUGCUGUCUUGGCAUCGGAAGGCAAACAACACACGGAGAAAACAAACAGCGAUUGCAGAGGUGCUGAUGCUGACUCAACUGAGGAGAGGAGCGAGCCAGAAGUGAUCGAUCAUGACAACCACAGUAUUGGAACGACACUGCAACAGCAACAAGCAGGGUUUGGUGUCUCUGGCAGCUGGAUUUGUGGCAGUCGACUGGAGACUGAUGCCAAAGAAAAAUGGGACAGUGACGCUACCAAGAGCCACCUUGUGUCUGGAGCAAGCACAAGCAGUCUACAAACCCACGAAGAGCACGAGGAUGAAGAACUUUCUGAGAAAGAGAUUAUGCAAUAUGCUCGUGACAUAGGCAUAGAUCCAGAGAGAGAGCCAGAGCUUAUGUGGCUUGCCAAGGAGGCCAUAGAUGAAAAACUGCCUCCAGGAUGGUUAGAGCGAGAAGAUGAAAGUGGAAACAUUUACUUCCACAACUGCCAAUUAGACACGUGCGUUUGGGAACACCCUUCAAGAAUGCACUACAGUCAGCUGGUGGUUCAGGAGCGUGAGCGUAUCCAGCGCGCCGCUGUCGAUGGGCCCUCGGUGGUGAAGAAGAGCAAGAAGAAAGUCAAAGAAAAAAAGGAGGGAGAUAAAAGGGGGAAGAAGAAGAAUUUACGAGGUAUUCGUGUGGAGUCAUCUGAAGAAAUCUCAAAGACUAUUAUGGAAACAGUACAGCAGCGGAUGUUGGGAGAUCUGCAGGAUUGCCAUAUUUUGGCAAAAGAUAUUCAAAAGGUGCGCAACGAAGAAGAAACGUGUGAGAAGGCUGAGAUUGGGAUGAGGCCUUCAAACUUUGGGAGCACAGUGGAAGAAAACCAAAACUAUCAAAUCAACUCAGAAGAGGAGACGAGUGAGAGGAAGAAUGAAAAGGAAAAGGGGGAUUAUAGACAGAAAGAUGUCAAGAAAGAGAAAAGAAGCAAGGAAGAUGGGAAGGAGGGCACAGAUGUCAUGAGCAAGGAGACAAAAAUCCAUCUUCUCCAAAAAGAGAGAGGGGAUGAGGGUGAGGUGUGGCACUUGAAAUGUGAAAUGGAUAUACAAAAGCAUCUCCCCCACGAAGAACUCAUAAAAAAAGUGGUCAAGAGUUUGACCGGGAACAAAGAGGAAGAAGGUCGACUCCAUAAGGAACACCUUAGGAAAGAAGAGGAGGAGAUGAAGCUCUUGAAAAAGGAGACAACGUUGCGGAUCUCCUGCUACCUCGAGCAGCUAAAGAGAGAGGAAGAGGUGGAGGCAGAGUGCUUAGUAAAGGAAAAGGAAAUGAGAACUCAGCAAUAUCAGAUGGAGCUGAAGAGAAAGGAACAGGGGGAGAUGGAGCGCUUAAAGAAGGAGAUGGAAAGUAGAAUAUCGCUCUAUAAGGAGGAACUGAGUACGGAAGAAGAGAAGAAGGUGGACCAUUUCAAAAAGGAAAGGGAGAGAAGAAGACAUUUGUGGCAGGAGAAGUGUAGGAAGGAAGGGGAGGAGGAAGAGUUGAGAAGACAGCUCCACUUGGAGAAUCUGAAGAAAGCGGAAGAGGAAGAAGUUGCACAGUUUAAGAGGGAAAAAGAAAAGAGGAUGUGCCUCCUGAAACAAGAAGAGGAUGAAGAAGUGGAAGAGUUCAUGAGAGAGAAAGAGAUGAGAACAAGUCUCCGUCUGGAGGAAAGGAAGAAAGAGGAGGAGGAGGAAGCGAAUAACUUCAAACGGGACAAGGAGGCCAGAAUGCAUCUUUUUCAUCAAAAGAUGAUACAAGAGGAAGAGGAGGAGAAAGAACGCUUGAAGAAGGAAAAGGAGGAGCAAAUUCGUUUUCACCGGGAGGAGGUGAGGAGAGAGGAAGAGGAAGAGUUGGAGCGAUUAGAGGCAGAGAAAGAGGCAAGGAUGUCUCAGCACCGGGAACAGCAAAGAAGAGAGGAAGAAGAGGAACAAAUGCAAAGGGCAGAGGAGGAACGAAAGAAGAUAACCAAGGACAAGGAGAAGAGAAUGGAGAAGCUGAGGAGAGAUGAAGAGGAGGAGCUCCGGCGGUUGAAACAAGAGAAGGAGGCGCGAGUGCAUCUCUGCCACGAAGCGCUGGUUCGAGAGGAAGAGGCAGAGGUGAACGUCUUGAAGACUGAGAAGGAGGCAAGGAUGCAAGAUCGCCAACAGGAGCUGAGAAGAGAGGAAGAGGCGCUGGUUGAGGAGUUGAAGAGGGAGGAGACCAGGAUAAAAAUGGAGAUCAACCUCUGCAAGGAGAAGUUAAGGCGAGAACAAGACGAGGCGGCCGACUUAAGAACAAAAAUGCAAAUGAGAAUGUGCUCGUUCCGGGAAGAGCUGAUGAAAGAGGAAGACGAGGAGGCGAAGAGGUUGAAGACUGAAAUUGAGACGAGAAUUCAACUGCACCAGGAGAAGCUGAGGAGAGAAGAAGAGGAGAAGGCAGAGCAGUUGAAGAGCGAGCUGGAGGAAAGAAUGUCCGACCACCGGGAUAGACUCGCCAGAGAGGAAGAGGAAGAGCUUGAGCAACUGAACGCGCAAAAGAAAGUAAAAAUGGAACUCUACCAGGAGAAGCUAAGAGGGGAGGAAAAGGAGGAAGCGGAAGAGUUGAAGGCAGGAAAGGAUGCUCGAAUGCGUGCCUGCUGGCAAGAGCUAAAGAAAGAGGAAGAAAAAGAGGUGGAGGAGUUGAAGAAGGAGGGCUCGAGAUUAAAGUCAGAGAUGGAAAAGAGGUUGCAGCUCUGCCAGGAGACUCUCCGCAAAGAGGAAGAGAAGGAGAUGAAGAGGUUGAAGACGGAGAAGGAGACGCGAGUGGGCCUUCGUCAGGACAAGUUGAGAAAAGAGGAAGCGGCGGAGGUCAAGCAGAUGAAGACAGCCAAGGAGACGAGGGUACAUCGCCGCAGGACCGAGCUGAAGAAGGAGGAAGAGGAGGCCGCCGAGCAGUUGAAGGCUGAAAAAGACGUCCAAGUGCAUCUCAACUGGGAGAAGUUGCGUCGGGUGGAGGAGGAGGAGAUGGAGCGCUUCCAACAGGAAGUUGAAAUGAAAAUGCGGCACUGCCGAGAGAAGCUAAGGCGAGAGGAAGAGGAGGUGGAGAAGUUGAAGGAGGAGGAGAGAACCAAAAAAGAAGAAAUGCAAAUGAGAUUGCGUCUUCGCCAGCAGGAGCUCAGCCGCGAGGAGGAAGACGAGCUGCAGCGUUUGAAGACCGCAAAGGAAGCAAGAAUGAACCUCUGCCAGGGAGCGCUGAGGAGAGAGGAAGAGGAGGAGGCUGAGCGUUUGAAAAUUGACUUUGAGAAGAGAAUGCGUCUUCAACAGCAAGAGCUGAUGAGGGAGGAGGAAGAGGAGCUGGAGCGUUUGAAGACGGUGAAGGAGGCAAAAGUCAGACUCUACCUGGAGGAACUCAACAAAGAAGUCAACGAGGAGUUUGAGUGCUUGAAGAAGGAGAAAGAGCGACAGAUGCACUUCCACCUGGAGGAGUUGCGGAGAGUGAAGGACGAGGCGGCCGAGCGUCUGGAGACCGAGAGGGAGAACCGAUUGCAGCUCCACCUGCACGAGCUGAAAAGGAAAGAAGCCGAGGGGGUGGAGCAGUUCAUUCUGGAGAAGCAGAUGCGAUUCAAGACAGAGAUGGAGGAAAGAAUGAGCGUUUUCGUGGAGGAGCUCCGAAGAGAGGAAGAGGAGAAUGCAAAACAUUUGAAGAGGAAAAAAGAGAUUGGAAUCGGCGUUUACCACGACAAACUGCGGAGAGAAGAGGAGGAGGAGGUGGAACGUAUGAAGAAGGAGAAAGAAAGUAGAAUGUGUCUCUUACGAGAGGAACUGAGGAAGGAGGAAGAAGCGGAGGCACAGCUUCUGAAAAAGGAGAAAGAGGCAAGAAUGUGUCAGCAGAAGACUAAGCUGAAGAGAGACGAAGAGGACAAGUUAAAAAGGGAGAAGCUGAAGAAAAUGCGUGGUCGGCAGGAAAAGUUGAAGAGAGAGCAAGAAAAAAGCGUCGAGAAGUCGAGGACUGAAACGGAGACACGGUUGCGCUUCCGCCAAGAGGGGGAGAAGAUCAAGAGAACAUUGGUGUGUCCGGAGGAGCUCAUCAAAGAGGAGGAUGCAGAGUCAUCAGUGAGGGAAAAGGACAAUCAGCCAAGUGAAGAGGCCAGAGCAAAGCUAACUCAGUCAGGCCAAGAAGAUCAGGAUGAAGGAGUAGAGAAAGGGUGGAAAGCAAAAACGCAACUCCAGAAGAUACGAGCAGAUGAGGAAUGCAGGAAUGAAGAGAAGACAGCACGUCUUUGCCUCGAGGAACUGAGUAAAGAGGAAGAGGAGGAGAUGGACCGGUUGAAAAAGGAAAAAGAGCAUCGAACCCUUCUCCGCCAGGAGGAGCUGAGGAGACAGGAAAGUGAGGAGGUGCAACGGUUGAAAAGGGAAAAGGCAGCGAGAAUUUUUCUCUGCCAGGAGGAGCUCAGGAGUAAAGAAGACGAGAAGGCGCGUUUGUUAAAACAGGAGAAGGAGAGGAAGACGCAGCUCCUCAGGGAGCAGCUGAAGCGAGAGGAGGAGGACGAGGUGGCACGCUUGAGGUGGGAGAAGGAGAAGAGGACACGCCUCCUGCAGGAGAAGCUGUGGCGAGAGGAAGAGGAGGAGCGGUUGAACCGAGAGAAGGAGAAAAGAGCGUGUCUCCGGCAAAUGGAGCUGAUUCGAGAGGAAGAGGAGGAGAGAUUGAAGAAGGAGCGGGAGAAAAGAACACGUCUUCGCCGGGAGGAGCUGACGAAGGAGGAAGAGGAAGAGUUGGAGACGUUAAAAAGGGAAAAGGAAAAGAGAAUGCUUUUACGCCAAGAGGAACUGAAGAAGGAGGAAGAGAGAGAAGCGGAACAGUUCAAAACGGAAAAGGAGAAAAGAAUGCGUCGGCUCCUGGAGGAACUCAAGCGAGAGGAGGAGGAGGAGCGCUUGCAGAAGGAGAAGGAGAAGAGGAUACGUCUCUCUCUGGAUGAGCUUCGGAGGGAGGAGGAGGUGGAGAUGGUCAAGCUAAGGAGGGAAAAAGAGCAGAGAAUGCGUCUCUGUCAGGAGAGGUUCAGAAGAGAAGAGGAGGAGGAGAUGGAGAAGUUAAAAAGGAAGAAGGAGAAGAGAAUGCAUCUCCGCCAGGAGGAGCUGAGGAGAGCGGAAGAAGAGUUGGAGCAGGUCAGGAAUAAAAAAAUGGACGUCUUCCAACUGGAUCAGCGAAGCGAGAAAGACGAGGAGAUGGAGAGAAUAUCCAGCAAGAAAGAAAAAAAAUUGCGGCUUCGUCAAAUGAGCCUGAGGGGAGAAGAGGAGAAGAAACUGAAGUUUGAGUACAAGGAAAGGCAGAGGGCUUUGCGCCAGUGUCUGCUGGUCAAGAGGAGAGACGAGGACCCAUUGUUGAUUUCUGACCAGAAGGAGGAACUAACAGAAUGUGCCCACAAGGAGAAAGAAGAGGGGCAACCUAAGAUCAGAAGAACGUCAAUUUUUUCAAACCUGAGAAGCUAGGAGAUGAAGAUGAAGGAUCUGACCGAUACCAUCUUCUGUGGGAGUUUUGAAACGAUGGCACAGGUAACACGCUUGUGCUAAUGAAUAAAAGCAGAA